AUGUCCAAGUUAUUGACAAGAAAUCUUGGUUACCUUCGUUCCUUCCGUCGUCAAUUUCAUGCGACACGAACAAACCGGAUAGUCUCCUCCUUGAACCCGGUGAGAGCAAAGGAACAGAUAGGGUCUUCACUGGGAAGAUAUCCAGUUAUUGAGCACGAAUACGAUGUUAUCGUUGUUGGCGCAGGUGGAGCAGGUUUGAGAGCAGCCUUUGGAUUGGCGGAAGCUGGAUACAACACCGCUUGCAUAACAAAGCUAUUUCCUACAAGGAGUCAUACUGUUGCAGCACAGGGAGGAAUUAAUGCUGCAUUAGGUAACAUGACCGACGAUGAUUGGAGAUAUCACGUCUACGAUACUGUCAAAGGAUCAGAUUGGCUCGGUGAUCAGGACGCAAUUCACUACAUGUGUCGAGAAGCUCCCAACGCAAUCCUCGAGUUAGAACGGUUUGGUGUUCCGUUCUCCCGGACAAGUGACGGUAAAAUAUACCAGCGAGCCGUUGGAGGACAGUCACUCGAGUACGGGAAAGGCGGAAUCGCAUAUCGUUGUGCGUGUGCUGCAGACCGUACCGGACAUGCCCUCCUACACACCCUUUAUGGUCAAUCUCUCAAACACAACACCAACUUCUUCAUAGAAUACUUUGCCCUUGACUUGAUCAUACAAGAUGGAAUAUGUCUUGGAGCCAUCGCUCUCAGUAUGGAAGAUGGUACUCUGCAUCGGUUCAGAGCCCACAAGACCAUUUUAGCUACCGGAGGAUACGGAAGAGCGUAUUUCAGUUGUACGAGUGCACAUACAUGCUCGGGUGACGGAAAUGCUAUGGUGUCGAGGGCUGGCUUACCGCUUCAAGAUAUGGAAUUUGUGCAAUUCCAUCCAACAGGAAUAUAUGGAGCUGGUUGUCUCAUUACUGAGGGGUGUCGAGGAGAAGGCGGUUUCCUGCUCAAUUCAGAAGGGGAACGGUUCAUGGAGCGGUACGCGCCGACUGCCAAGGACCUAGCAUCCCGAGAUGUUGUUUCACGGAGCAUGACGAUCGAGAUUCGUGAGGGAAGAGGUGUAGGACCAGAAAAGGAUCAUAUAUAUCUCCAACUCAGUCAUUUACCUCCGGAUAUACUUCACGAAAGACUUCCUGGAAUCUCCGAGACUGCGUCUAUCUUCGCUGGCAUCGAUGUCAACAUGGAACCAAUUCCUGUAAUCCCAACUGUACAUUACAACAUGGGCGGGAUACCAACAAAGUACACGGGAGAAGUCUUAACUAUCGACAACACUGGUCUUGACACAGUAGUCCCUGGUUUGUAUGCCGCAGGGGAAGCAGCCUGCGUGUCCGUUCAUGGUGCCAAUCGACUAGGCGCAAACUCAUUAUUGGAUAUAGUAGUUUUUGGUCGAGCGGCGGCUCAGCACAUCAAAGAAAACCUCGAACCUGGCAAACCUCACAAAACAUUACCGGAGGAUGCUGGCUUUGAAAGUAUUGCCUUUCUUGAUAGCGUGAGAAACGCAGAUGGCCCUGAGCCGACCUCCAAGUUACGGUUGGAUAUGCAGAGGGUGAUGCAAUCCGAUGCAGCCGUUUUUCGAACGCAGAAGACCCUUGACGAAGGCUUGGAAAAGAUGCACGAGAUUUAUCGGCGGUUCGACCGUAUUGGGAUCCGUGACCGCAGUAUGAUUUGGAACUCAGACCUAAUUGAGACCCUGGAACUUCGGAACCUACUACAGAAUGCUAUCCAAACUAUGAAAGCUGCUGCUGCUAGAACAGAGUCACGAGGGGCGCACGCCCGAGAAGAUUAUCCAGAUCGCGACGACAACACGUGGAUGAAGCAUACACUCUCCUUUCAAAGGGAUACCAGGGAAGCUGAUAUAGAGUUGCGAUAUCGCAGUGUUAUGGCGCACACCCUGGACGAGUCGGAAUGCAAACCGAUCUUACCAAUCAACCGUGUGUACUAG